AUGACAACGCCUAUUUCUCAAGUAGAUAAGUCGGAUGUAGACAUGACUGAAUUAGAAGAUGCUCACCUUGAAAAAGGCAUUAUUGGUCCACUUGAUUCACCCAAAAUUGCUGAAGCAUUAGGAAAGUGCAAGAUCCUUGUGAUUGGUGCUGGUGGUCUUGGCUGCGAAAUCCUUAAGAAUCUUGCCUUGACUGGUUUUAAGCAGCUCCAUGUGAUUGAUAUGGAUACCAUUGAUCUCAGUAAUCUCAAUCGACAAUUCUUAUUUAGAAAGAAAGACAUUGGCAAAUCAAAAGCCAUAGUUGCUGCUGAAUUUGUCAUGAGCAGAGUACCUGGUGUACAAGUCGUUCCCUAUUUUGGCAAGAUUCAAGACAAGGAUGAAGAUUACUAUCGACAAUUCCAACUUGUGAUUUGUGGAUUAGAUUCAGUAGAAGCAAGAAGAUGGAUCAAUGCCAAAUUAGUAGACAUGGUCGAUGAAGAGGAUAUGGAAAGCUGGAAGCCUUUGAUUGAUGGUGGUACUGAGGGCUUUAAGGGUCAAGCGCGUGUCAUAUUGCCUACUAUGAGCUCAUGUUAUGAGUGUUCACUUGACAUGUUUAAUAAGCCAACUACAUUCCCUAUCUGCACUAUUGCCAACACACCUCGCUUACCAGAGCAUUGUAUUGAAUGGGCCUCUGUCUUGGAAUGGCCCCGUGUCUGGGGUGAUAAGAAAUACGACACAGAUAAUCCAGAGCAUAUCACUUGGCUGUAUGAACAAGCAGAUGCGCGUGCUAAAAAGUUCCAUAUUACAGGUGUUACUUAUUCCUUAACGCAGGGGGUUGUCAAGAACAUUAUUCCAGCCAUUGCUUCUACCAAUGCAGUGAUAGCAGCAUCUUGUUGCAAUGAGGCAUUCAAGUUAGCAACAGGAGCAGCACCUCCCUUAAAUAACUAUAUGAUGUAUACCGGUAAUGAUGGUAUUUACACAUACACAUUUGAACAUCAAAAGAAGCCAGAAUGUCCUGUCUGUGGUUCAGAAUCAACGACAGCUGAAUUGAAGCCUAGUAUGACCGUAGAGGAAUUGAUUGAAUGGCUUGGAGAAAAGCCAGAUGCUCAAUUAAAGAAGCCUAGUUUACGUACAGCCAAUACAUCAUUAUAUAUGCAGGCACCAAAAGCCUUGGAACAGGCUACUCGUCCUAAUUUGAGUAGGCCUCUCAGUGAGCUUGUCGAAGAGGGUGAAUACAUUACUGUGACAGAUGCUUCUCUACCUGUCAGUCUUCAACUAAGAGUCAAAUGGGUAUAUUAA